AUAAAGGACCUAAUCUAACCUGUGCUGCAUUGUGCAGCACGAUGCUACGUUGUUUACCAAAGGGUUAUAUAUUAUAGUUAUGUGUCAAGAAUUUAUUUGAGUGAAUGCGUGGAAUUUUACGGGCGAUGCAAAUUUUUGGAGAUGGCUAAUGCCGAGAUUUUACAGUUAGAUAUAUGGAAAGGUGACUGGGGUCUUCCGUCAGUCGAUAUAGAAUGUUUGCAAGUUCUGGUAUGUACGGGUUAUGACACGCACAUGUGGGCAUACGCUAAAUUCAGUGGGGUACCUUUAAAAGUAAAUUUAGCAAACAAUCCAUUUAAAACACCAAAUGGUCGAUUACCAUUGCUUAGGGCUGGUCUAAAUACUUUGGAUACAGUUAAAGAUAUAUUGCCAUUUUUUAGAGCAAAACAUUAUAAUUCUGACUAUAUAUUAAGUGAUAAGCAAUGUGCAGAUGUCAUGGCGUAUGAUGCUUUGCUUAAGGAAAAGUUAUAUCCAGCCUUGCAAUUUAUAUGGUGGAUAGAUAAAAAAAAUCUAGAUGAAUUAAUUAGACCAUGGUAUUGCAAAGCACUGCCCUUUCCAUUUAAAUUCUAUUAUCCAGGAAAGUUUGAGCGACAAGCGCAAUCUUUGAUGCAGAGUUUAUAUUCUAUGGAAGAUAACAUAGACGUUAUUGAAAAUGAGGUAUACUCGGAGGCACAAAAAUGUUUGACAUUAUUGUCUAUGAGACUUGGAGAUGGAGAGUUUUUUUUUGGACCACAACCUAGUACAAUAGACGCUAUUGUGUAUUCGUAUUUAGCACCGUUGCUUAAGGCACCGUUACCAAAUCCAAUUCUACAAAAUCAUCUGAAGAAUUGUACAAAUCUAGUAAAAUAUGUGUCGCGUAUAUCACAAAGAUAUUUUGAAUAUGAAUAUCAAACUUAUGAAAAGGAUAAAGCUGAAAGAAACGCUGAAAAAUCAAGAGAAGACAAUGAAGAAUUUCCCAAUAAGAGAAGGAACCAAAUCCUUGCUGCAUUUGUUGCUACAUUAGCAAUGGCAGGAUAUGCAUUAUCUACUGGUAUUGUAGAGGUACCAAUAAAGGAUGAUGAAAUCUCAGAUAUGCCGACAGAAUACAUGUUGGAUGAUGAGGAUGAUGAAUAAUAAUUAGCAAAAUGGAAAUUGUUUUUAUGAUAGAAAUAGAAAAUGUGUAAUUAUAAAAGAAAGAGAGGACCUUGUUUCAUGUAAUAUGUUACAGUGAUUUGGAAAUUCUUGGUGUGAAAUACUAGAUUCUUGAUAAAGAGAGAAAAGGAUAUUAUAUGAUGUAUAGAUACCAAAAUAUAUAACGAAUAAAUAUUUUGAGAUA